AUUUUUUUGUAGCACAAAUACUUUAUAGGUCAUUUGAUGAGAUUUCACAUCAGUGCAGGAGAUUGGUUCUUGAAAUGCUGUAACAUUUAAUUUAACGUUAUGACCUAAGGCAAUAUGGAAGUCGCAUUUAAACAGAAGCACACUGACUGCAGCCCUGAACGGCCACAACUCUCCUGCAACUUGGACCGUAAUCCAUCUCCACCAUCAAGUGACGAUGAGGAGCCACCAACAGGAGAUUCUAUAGGAGACACUGUUUACAGCAAGCACUGGUUCUUCAGCACACUCACCAAACUCAUUGAGACUGUAACAGAACAGAACCCUAAAGCUGGUACAGAGGAGCAGAUGGUGGAGCUGGAUGAAGACCUGGAGAAUGAGAUUUGCAAAGUAUGGGACAUGUCUAUGAACCAGGAGGUGGCUUUGUUUCUUCAGGAGUUCAAUGCACCUGAAAUAUUUCUGGGAGUUAUUGCCAAAUCAAAGUGUAAUCGACUAACUGAAAUUUGUGUGGGGAUAUUGGGAAAUAUGGCCUGUUUCCCAGAGACUUGUUUGGUGAUUAGCAACAAUGAAGAUCUGGGGAAUGUGCUGCUACUGUUGCUGUCUGAUUCUGACCCUCCGACACUUCUGGAGACCAGCAGAUUGCUGCUGACUUGUGUGUCUCAGGUAGAUACAGCAAGCACUUGGGUACAAAGGAUUAGGAAGCAGUCCUCUGUCCGAGAAAGCCUCUGCUUUAUCAUGAGCAGCUCCACCAAUGGGGAUCUGCUAGUAAAAGUUGGUGAACUGGUUGACAAAGUCUUUGAUCUGGACGAGGAUCUGAUGAUCGAGUGGAUAAAGGCUGGUUCCCCACAGCGUGGUGUUACACCAGCUAAUGAGACUGCAGAAGAUAAAACACCUGCUAUGGAACUGGUAUUCUGCCUGUUGGAGGCAGCAAAGCAGCUCAGAUAUGACAAUCCCGAAGGACUUGAUAUUUACAUGCAUAUCCUGCAGCUGAUGACCACAGUGGAUGAAGGCAUUCGAUCAAUAGUUCAGUCUCCUGAAAGUGCGAAAGAGGCCUGGGACUUCUUGCUUGACCUAACAUGCCGGGAUCUCUGCCAGCCUGACGACCCUCCUCUUAUUGUGCACGAGCAGAAGACUGUACUGUCCUCUGUACUUGCUGUCAUGUCAGUCAUUUUUCCGUCACAAGCAGAACAGGGACGCGCUAAAAUGGAGAAAAAUCUCCCAUUGAUUGUCAGCUUAAUCCAAGUACUGGGGCACCUAGAGCUAUGUCACAAGAAGAACUCAGACAGCUGCAAGAUUCCAGCUGUGGAGGAGGCCGGCACAUCUGCAGCUGCCGAUGACGAUUUCCAUUUAAAUAUCUUAAAAGAUGUUUGUUGUGAAUUCCUCUCAAACCUCCUCAUGGAACUAACAAAGGAGUGUUUAUCAGAAGGACUUAAAGGAGGUCAAAUUACUAAAGAGAAAUGUCUUUGUGCUCUGCGGAACCUGUUACCUCUGUACGCCACAUCAGUAAAACAUUUCAUUACCGUUUUAAGUGGAGCUGACCAGACAUUUGUACACUGUUUAACGGAAGAGAUGCCCAGCUUGAAAGACCAGAUAUGAGAUACAUUCUCACACCUUAAUCAUUUUCUCUUCUCUAGUUGUCUAUUUUCUUUAAUAAAAAGGACAAAUGUCAAUUCAACGGAACAGCCAAGUAGUGAAAUAAUUAGCCUUAGCAUUUUAUUAACACUGAGAAGUUCUAAAGAUAAAUUAACAUGGUGGCUUUUAUUGAAAUUACAAUUGUAUUGCUGUUCAAUAGUCACAUUUGUAUAUUUUUCAUCUGCAGACAUAUGUUACAGUGAUAAAAAUAACUGUAAUAAU